AUGAAGCAUUAUGCAGUACCAACUCUAAUUACCAAGCCAAAGACACUUAUAUUUCAUGUUGGAACCAACGACUUACAUAACAAAACACCAGAAGAUCUAAUAAAUGCAAUGAAUGAUCUUGGUGAAACGAUCCAUAGACAGAACAACGAUCCAGUGGAACUUAUAUGGUCGGAAAUAAUAACUCGAACUGAUGAUCCAAACUUAGCAGAAAAGGUAAAUGUAGUCAAUGCCGAGCUCGCUAAAUUAUGUACAGAUAAGGGCUGGGGACUUAUUAAACACAACAACAUUAAAGGAAGUCUUUUAAAUAACUCUGGUCUACAUUUAAAUAAACAUGGAACUACUACAUUAGCUAAAAACAUAAGACAAUUUCUUAGCAGCCAUUGA